AUGGCGAAGUUGAGGCGAGGGAACAUUGUUUGGAACUUCGUCACCGCGGGGCAGUACGUCGGGGACCAGUCGAAGAUGCAUGGGGACCGAAAGUUGCGUUCCAACUUAUGCGGCCACCUGUUUCAGGGGGGGUCGUCGAAGGCCGCGCGCCAUUUUACGCAGGCGAAGUUCUGCAAGGCUGGGGGGAUGAGAAUUCAUGCGGAACUCUGGAACGGCACGGACUACACAUUCAUGUCGUCCACUGCUCAGCGUGUGCAGAGGUGGAUGGCAGACGAGGGCAUACGGGACACGAGAGCGCCCGCGGGUGGCCAGCGACAGCGGAUGGACGACGCAGAGAGGGACGAGAUUCAGGAUGCCCUCGAUGAGGAGGAGGGCCGCGAGGGUGAGGUCAAGGAGGGGGGGGUGGCAGACGAGGCAGACGAGGGAGUCGAAGAGCCUGACCUGCCAGGGGAGGAGGUGGUGAUGACGUCGAGAGGCGUCGGUCGAGCGGGUCCCGCUCCUGGGGCGCCGCGACCUGAGUUGGAGCGCGCGAGGAGGGAGAAGAGGACAGUGGGGCAGGCUGCCAUCGAGGUGCGCAACACGGACAGGGAGAAGAGGGCUCGGCAGACCACGAUUGACGAGAUGUACGCCAAGGAGAAGUUGGCGGAGUUCACAGACGCGUGGCUGCAGUGGAUCUACGUGAAGGGGUUGCCAUUCAAUGCCUUCCGUGGUCCGGAGUUCCAAAAGGUGCGGCAGACGGCGGAGAGAGUGCCUCGCAGUAUCCAGUUCCGGUUUCCCUCCUUCAGGGUCACAGCGGGCGCCGGUAUCCCUUCGCAGAGGGCGAAGGUCGCGACGAUGGUGAGCGAGGUGCGCGCCGCUUUCUGGCACAGCGGUGCCACCAUGCUCUCCGACGGGAGGAAGUCGCGCAGCGGCAAGCCGCUCAUGAACUUCCUCGUCGUGGGCACCAAUGGCGCCCUGCUAUACGCCACUGUCGCACGCGACGGGCCGACGAGACGCGUUGGAGAGCAUGUUGCACGGGGAUGCUUGGGCACGCAUCUCGUGGGAGCGCAGGCAUGUAUCUCAGGCGCAGUGGGUGCAGCAGCAGAUCCGGGACCGGACGGCAGGGUCGACACCGUGGACCGGACGGCGGCACCCGGAGUUGCGCACAGUGGCGGAUCCCCGCCGACUGUCCGAGGUGGUGUGGGUGGCAGAUGGUCAGCUGUCCGUCGGGUCGGGGACCGGUUGCGAGCGGAUUACGACGCCGGGAGGGGCGUCUUCACGGGACGUACGCCAGUUCAGACGCAGGCUGCGGAGGGUGGGUCCGGACGUCCGAGCCUGCAGAUGGCAGGCCGCAUGCUCGGUUUGUCACGGGCAGAGACGAGGAGAUCAUUGGUCCUUGAGGCCGUAAGGACAUCCACGGACAUGCUGCGGGGAGAGCAGUUCACAUCGGGCGAGGAGGGGUUGUUGAUGCGUGCCGGGACGAGACGACAGCAUGGCCUCUCGGAGGUUGAGGCUCGACUCGCGGCAGGGAUCGCCGCUGGCCAGGCAGCAUUGGACGUGAUUCAGAGGGAGAGAGAGAUGGGGAUUGCUGCACGGGCGGCAGAGGACGAGGACGCAGACACAGAGUCCAAGCCGAUCGAGACUGCGGCCUGCAGACACAGGGCACAGGUGGCCGCGGCAGCCACUGCAGCACAGGCGGCAUACCUCAGCCGGGCACGGGGCACAAGUGCCGGAGGAAGAGGAGGGCGCCGGGGAGGACCGCAUGGCCGCUCGUCCUCCGGGAGAGGCCGCGCGCGCUCUGGAGGGUGAUGACGACGUCCAUGGUUGUUUUUUUUUUUCAUUAGUUUUUUUUGUUUUUUGCGUGGCUGUACAGCCUGGACGCUCUGUCGG